AUGAGCAGUUUUUCGUCACUUCUGCAAGAGGAAAUCUCAAAAAAAAGGUCACAAGCCGAGGCUGCAAAGCAAAGGGAAACAAAAAGGCCGAAGAAAACCCAAAAUGUGGAGGUAGAGCCCGUGUCAGAGUCUGAAUCCCAAUCCGCGGAGGAAAAAUCAGAUACCGCGCCGGCAGUACUGCCAGAAGAAGGCAUUAUAUCUGGUGAGGCAGAUGUGUCCGAGCCACCUGUGAUAGAUGAGCCUAUAGUGGCGCCUAUUGUAAUAGCCGAGAAACACACACCAGAGAAAGACGAAAUCAUAGAAGCACCAAAACAGCAGAAGGACGAUCCUUUGGAAAUCACGAUAGAAUCCGAAGACAUAGCUAAAGACAUCAACAAGGUGAUGUUGCAAAUAAGAGCUUAUCUUAAGCAAAUUUUGAACGGAUGGCCCACCGCUACGGAAGCAGAGGAACUCACAUUGAUUGAGACGAAGAGGUGGAUAGUGCCGUUAUUAGUGCUUCUGAAAAGAGGAACACUUCCGAUAGAAAUGGCGAUCUCUGUUUGCACGAUUGCUCAAAAUCUUCAGAGAAACGAAUAUAUGAAAGCCAAUGAGAAUUACAUCAAGUUGUCUAUUGGAAGCAUUGCCUGGCCAAUUGGUGUGAUGAACGUGGGUAUCCAUGCCCGAAGUGCUGAUGAUAAGAUAAAGGGGAAGGAGGGUCAUGUGAGUAACAUCAUGAAGGACGAUAAGACGAGGCAUUGGCUAUUAGCGCUGAAGAGGAUCAUAACGCAUGAGGAGUCAAAGGAGGUAAAGGAGAGUCCUGGAGUGUAG